AUGAAUUGGAUUACAUUCCACCAUCUCAUAAAGACGGCUCUCCUUGCCCGAAAGAAUUUCUAUGUGAUGCUCGAAGUCUUUGAUUCUCUAGAGAAAGGACCAGGACACUGCUACAGUCCUAGUUCACUAACUAUCUUCACAGAGCUGGAGAGAGGCCAGAGGCCAGAAGAAGCCUGUCUAAAGUGUAACCAAGCUAAGGAGAGCUUUGAGGCUGUCUUGGUCGAGGAAAAAUCAUUGCUAGGUUGGCUAGAGGGCCUCACGGCCAAUCAGGGAAGACCAGAUGUGCCCCUGCACAAUCACACCGAGGCUCCCUCCAGAAGGACUGCUUCUAAGCACCAGGAACCAAAUCCCAGGGAAAUGCCUCUACAAGUGAAGCUUUUUGUUUCACUACCAAAGUCAGUAAAAGUAGGUCUGAAUUUUUGUCAGUUUGUGGAAUUUGUGGGUGCCACCUUCUUUAACAGAGUGAUUAAGAUGAUGAUGCUCAUAGUUUUGGAGGUUCAAGGUGAAAAGGCUGAUCCUGAAGAGGGUCUUCUUGCUGGUGAUUAUCAUGGCAGAAGCAUGUUCAGAACUUACCAGAGUGGACGCUCCCGCAUGCCUAAAAUGAUGCAAGGGCUUCGUAGGAUUCCGAGGAGCUCCUGCUCACUUCCUUCUCAUUUCCUAGGUGUCGACAGUAAGAAGCUUGGUGUAUGUGGCUGGAUUCUGUUUUCUCUUUCUUUGUUGUUGAUGAUCAUUACCUUCCCCAUCUCCAUAUGGAUGUGCUUGAAGAUCAUUAAGGAGUAUGAACGUGCUGUUGUAUUCCGGCUGGGACGCAUCCAGGCUGACAAAGCAAAAGGGCCAGGUUUGAUCCUGGUCCUACCCUGCAUAGACGUGUUUGUCAAAGUUGAUCUCCGAACAGUUACUUGCAACAUCCCUCCACAGGAGAUCCUCACCAGAGACUCCGUGACUACCCAGGUGGAUGGAGUUGUCUACUACAGAAUCUACAGCGCUGUCUCGGCAGUGGCUAAUGUCAACGAUGUCCACCAAGCCACCUUUCUGCUGGCUCAGACCACCCUGAGAAAUGUCUUGGGGACUCAGAGCUUGUCUCAGAUUUUAUCUGGGCGAGAAGAGAUUGCUCAUAGCAUCCAGACUUUACUUGAUGAUGCCACAGAGUUGUGGGGGAUCCGGGUAGCCCGGGUGGAAAUUAAAGACGUCCGGAUCCCUGUGCAGUUGCAAAGAUCCAUGGCAGCUGAGGCCGAGGCCACUCGGGAAGCCAGAGCCAGGGUGGUUGCGGCAGAAGGAGAAAUGAAUGCGUCCAAAUCUCUGAAGUCAGCCUCCAUGGUGCUGGCCGAGUCCCCUGUGGCCCUCCAACUGCGUUACCUUCAGACCUUGGCCACUGUAGCCACAGAGAAGAAUUCUACCAUUGUGUUUCCUCUGCCCAUGAAUAUACUCGAGGGCAUCGGUGGUGUCAGCUCUAAUAACGACAAGAAGGUUCCUAAUAGAGCCUAAUGUCCUCCUGAGUAGCCAGUCCAUUGCUUAGGAAGUCCUGUCUAUGCCUACAGAGAACCCAGCAGUUAGAUGUGGUGGGAAUUCCAACACUGUUCAAGCAAUAAUACUCCAAAGCUGGUAUAGCAUUAGGAAGAAAAAACUGUAGCGGUUACAAACAAACAAGCAAGCAGGCACGAGAGUUGGGUACCACUUUUAUUUUUAAGAACAUAAUCAACUUUUCAAUAUCCUUCUAGCAACGCAUUAGUAAUUGUCUCUGACUUAUAGUGGGGACUUUCCUGCAGUAAGGGAGGAAAUCUUUGGGCAACUCUCGGUAAGAUUUCAGAAUUACUUUUUAAUUGUUUUAAGAUGCACUCCAGAUUUGUAAAGUACCAUAGGCCCAUAUGUAUACUACAUAUUUGCUUUACAAUUCCAAAGUUGCUAAAUCCUCAAUAUUUACAAUAGAACCACAACAUG